CAAUUUUUUUACCCAGUUUUCGCGGUUAAAUGAGUUCUGUUAUAAUCAUCAGUUUGAAAAAGGUUUUCUACGAAAAUACAGAAUGAAGAAAAACAACUCCGGUAAAAGAGAAUUUGGAAGUGAACGAAACUUUCAUCCAUGUGCAUUCGGCUUUGCCAUGGCUGUUGGAGCAGAUCACGCCCUGGCUGCUUUACAGAGCAGUAUGAAUGUUAAAGGUGGAAUCGGCACAAACUCUCUUCUUGUCAAAGAUACAGCUGCAAUCAUCGGAAGCCUGAUUGUCGUCCCUGUUGUACUUCAAAAAUAUGGACAGAAAUUUUCUCUGAUUAUUGGAGUAAUACUCAAUAUUUUACUAAUUUUGGCAAAUUUUUACCCAGUUUGGUACACAAUGUAUUCUACGGCAUUCUUUGCUGGCAUAGGAAUGUCAUGUGCAUGGGUGGGAUCUUCCGUGAUGAUUCAGAGUAUUGCGUCCAAUGUUGAUAUGAAUCAGGACGUCGAUUCUUCUUCACAAAAGUACUUUGGGAUGUUUCUUGCGAUAUUGUCGCUGGCUCAAGUAUUCGUUAAUAUUUUGACCGAACUGAUACUUGGCUGGAAUAGCAUUGCACGAUACAUUGGCAAUUUUGUUGAGGGGGACUCGAAUUACAGCAGCGUAUUUGCUUCUUAUAAUUUAACGUCUGAUAACCUGUUGACAUGUGGCGCAGGGGAUUGCCCGAUUAAGUACUCAUUUCAUCAGACGUCUGGCAAAUUUUCCGUGCUUAUACCGGAUCAAACAUUGCUACGAGUUCUACUUGUUGUAUAUGUCUUAAUGCAGAUGGGAGGAGUUGCUAUUCAUUACUUCUUUAUCAAAGGAACGAAUGAACAAGAGAUUAGCCCAUUGGAUUCAACGCCUCUACUAGCAGAGAAAAAGAGCGAUUUCAUGACCAGUAUCAAAAAAAAAUUGAAAUAUGCCACUUCUUUGCAAGAACUUUUGACUUGUCCUGUAAAGUUGCUAUUCGGUAUAACAAUGGCGUAUAUUUGGACGGAACACAACAGGGCAUUUGUGUCUUGCGUUGUUGGAGUCGAUAAGGUUAGAAUAUGUACUGCUAUCAUCAAUAUAAUGUCUUUCGCCACAUCUCUACUUAUUUCGAAAAAUUCGAAGAAAAUAGGAUUACCAGUUUUAUUUACCGUGGGAUUGGUUUACGACUUGAUCAACUAUACUUGUUCGUUGUUAUGGAGACCAACAGUUUCUACUAAAUUCGUUUCAUACAUCUUGUCGGUUACUUUUGGAAUUACACACGGCAUCAGACGUAACAUCUCAUUCUUGGUAACGGCAGCUCAUUCGCAGGACAACGACACUGGAUUUACCCUACAACUGCUAUUGCUAGCACUAGGGGGAGUUAUCAAUACUGCCUGGAGUAUUCCGCUUUGUGUCAGUGUGAAAAUAUACAUCAAUAUAUCCUUGACCGUAUUCGCUACUUUCUGCUGGUCGAUUGCAAAGGUUCUUCUAAACAGAGAUAAACAGACAUGAACGAGUACUAGUACAAUCACGAAAUACGGAGAAAGGAAUUCUACAACGGGAAAACACCAAGACACCCUUAUAUGAUAUCAUUUUCUUUUACAAAAAAGACGAUAUGGCGAAUUCGAUUUAUUUUUCCGGUGUCUUGCAAAGAACUAUUCCCCUGAUGUCAACGAUGCUGGAGUGACCGAGUUGGUGUAUGUUGCAGAAUGAAAUUUCUGGUCGACAUUUCACCCAAAGACAUCUUUCAACCUCUGCCUUAUUAAUAUAUUCGAGACCUAAUAUAACCAAUUACUUAUGCAAUACAAUUAAAUUAUGCACAAAGCAAAAAUACUACAAUCACGAAGCCAGAGGAUUUAACCUAAACCCUGUGUUUCAAUUUAUAGGUUAAUUUAUGGUUGACAAGGUUUAUGGAUUCCCGUGUUUAAUUAGUACCCUGUAAAUUUGGACACGCUUCGUGAUUUCACAUUGUCAAUCUCUUCUGUGACAUAACAAAGUGACUUAAAUAUACCCGCAAUGUCGGUACUGUUAAAUCUUUCAUCAUUCCGAAGUGAAAAUCAUCAUAUCAUAGCAACCGAAAAUACA